UUUAAUAGUUUAAACAAUCAGCUUUAAACACCAGCAAUUAGAAUUGUGUAUUGGAUCAGAGAAGCAACAUCCAUCAUUAUUAGGCAACGUCUUGUUAAGAGAAACAAGUCUAAAGAUGAGGCUCCUAAAGUUGACUCUGGCUAGAAUUGUUAUCUGUGCCACUCUGGGUCUUUUCUUGAUUACUUAUGUGGCGAAGUGGAGGAUAUCAAACAACGACAAGACCGACAAAAUCGAUGCACUGGAGAAAGAACAUGACAAGGAACAAGCUGUUGAAAAACUCUAUGACAUGUUGAUGGCCUUUCAAGAAAAGCAAAACCAAAUGCAGAAGAUGAUAGAGAAGUUGCAUGAAAACAGAGAUGAAAAGAAAACUGAGAUGAAAAAAGGAGAUGACCAUUCCCUACUUUUUCCAGACUCUUUUCUGUUUAAAUCCUGGGGUAGAAAUCUUUCCCAUGAUGAGCAGCGUGAGGCGCAGAAUUCCUAUAAACGUUAUGGAUACAAUGCCUACCUGAGCGACCGGCUCCCAAUUAACCGACCUCUACCAGACACCCGCGAUCCCAGUUGUGCUAAGAAGGUGUAUCCGAAGGAGCUCCCAUCACUUAGCGUUAUUCUGAUCUUCCUGAACGAGGCUCUGUCGAUCUUAAAGAGAGCCAUUCACAGCAUCAUUCACAGAACACCUGCUCACCUGCUCAAGGAGAUUAUACUGGUGGAUGAUCACAGCACGAACGAGGACCUGAAAGAGAGUCUGGAUUUCUACGUUGCCACCACACAGAAGCAGCAUCCUCAGCUGAAAAUCGUCCGAGUGAGACAUGAUCGACAAAAGGGCCUCGCCCAAGCUCGCGUCUCUGGUUGGCGCGCCGCUACUGGUGAUGUUGUGGCCAUUUUGGAUGCACAUAUAGAGGUCCAUGUGAUGUGGGCAGAGCCAAUGCUGGCACGGAUCAAGGCAGACAGAACAGUCGUCGUCUCUCCUGUGUUUGACCGAGUCAAUUAUUACAACCUAGAAGUGGUUCGAUACGGACCUGCUGCUCAUGCCUUUGACUGGGCGCUGUGGUGUAUGUACGAGGGUUUCAAUAAUGAGUGGUACAAACUGAAUGAUCCUUCAAGUCCUGGAAAGUCUCCGUCUGUUAUGGGAAUCCUGGUUGCCGACAGAGCUUUUCUAGGUGAGAUUGGCAGCCUGGACGGAGACAUGGAGGUUUACGGUGGAGAAAACGUAGAGCUUGGUAUCCGGGUAUGGACGUGUGGUGGGAGCAUCGAGAUAGUGCCGUGCUCCAAGAUCGCUCACAUAGAGAGAGCCCACAAGCCGUACAUGCCUGACCUGAGCAUAGCCAUGAAGAGGAACGCACUGCGGGUGGCUGACAUCUGGAUGGAUGAGUACAAGCAUCAUGUUAACAUAGCCUGGAACCUUCCCCUUAAAGGUCAUGGCAUUGAUAUUGGAGACACGUCAGAAAGAAAGAAACUCAGAGAGAAACUAGGGUGUAAACCUUUCAGGUGGUACGUGGAGAACGUUUAUCCCAAACUAGACAGCUGGACCAACUUGCUGGGUUAUGGAGGGAUGACAAAUUUAGAUGCACAGCUCUGCAUGGAUCAGGGUCCUGUCUCAGGUCCUGUAGCCUAUGGAUGUCACUAUUACGGUCCUCAGCAUACAUUUUACCGAGAAAGCGGUGAGUUGUACGUUGGUGGGAUCAAAUCUCAUACAUACAAUGACAACAGGUGUCUGGCAGAUUCUGGCACAGGAGAAGUUCCUGGUUUGUAUGCGUGCAAAGAAGCCUUGAAGAACAAUAUGGGCAUUUACUGGGACUUUAAACAGGAUGGUGAACUGCGCAACCGAAAGACAGACAGAUGUGCGGAAAUACACCAUCACACACUUGUUAUGAAGAAGUGCUCUGGACAGCGAUGGAAGAUUCAACAUGUUAUCAAACCCUUCUAAAAGACUUGCAUUUAUUUUUUGUUUCAGUGUGACAGUCAAACACCAACACACACCUGGAGUGUUUUAUAUUGGUAAUUUACCAGCAAUUAGCAAGUAAUAACAAAUUACAAUUUAUAAUUUAUUAAUGAGCUAAAUGACAAAAUUGUAGGUAGUCCACACAUGAGGCUAGUUCUUCUUAAAGUUAGUAAGAUUAGCAGAAAAAAGUCUAUAAUUUCUUAAAUAACACAGGAGUUAAAGCUCUAUACCACUGAUUGUCACUGACACUGCUGAUGCUGGAGACUCCUUUCAUAAUUUUAAGAAACGUCCCAUUAGAGAAAACAUCCACACAUCCACAAUUAUGCUUUUUUUUCUAUUGAGUAACAGUAUAUUUUCAAAUCCACUUUUAUAGACAUUACGUGCAGUGUACGUGCAGUGCUCCUUUAUAGAAUUUGCGUGUCAGUGUUGCUUUCAUGGAAAAUUAAUCCACAAUUUCUGAUUUAUUGGAUGCAAGAAAUCGAUUAAAUGUGAAUGUUGUUCGACAAUAAUAACGAACAAAUUGUAAUUUAU